AAGAAAAAGUAAAAAAAAAAAAGGGAGGGAUUUUUUAAUGAAAGCGUCAAAUUUCCAUCGCCUUCCUCUCUCUUUUUUGUUCCCCUGUUUAAAAAGCCGAGGCCCUUUUUGGGUUCUCUCGCCGAUUUGUUGAUCACGUGCUCGCCGAAAUAAAUAGAGAUCGCAUCUUUGUGUUUUUCAAUGGCGAUGGCAUCUCUCUGACCUCCAACAUUUUGCAAUGAGCUUGAGCUUCUUGCUCCUCCUCCAGCUUCUCCUAGUUCCCGCCGCCAACGGCGACGAUGCUCGAGCCCUCCUCUCUCUAAAAUCCGAAAUCGACCCGUCGAACUCGCUUCAGUGGGAUUCGAUGUCAAGCUCGGGCUUUUGCAGCUGGCCGGGGGUUAAAGAGUGCAAUGGCGACGGCCGAGUGACGAAGCUCGUCGUCGAGCGUUCGAAUCUCACUGGGACCUUGAGGUCCGAAACCCUAGCCCCGAUGGAUCAGAUUCGGGUUUUGAGCUUCAAAUCGAACUCGCUCUCAGGUCCCGUCCCUGAUCUGUCGCCACUGCUCAAUCUGAAGUCGCUUUACCUCAACAGUAACAGAUUUAGCGGUAAAAUCCCUAGCUCAGUCUCCUCCCUUCAUCGGUUGAAGAUCGUCGUUUUGUCCGACAAUUUGUUGACCGGGGAAAUCCCACCGAGUUUUGCUCAGAUCCAGAGGUUGUACACUCUGUACCUCGAAAACAACAGAUUGACCGGCCAAAUCCCUAGUUUUCGACAGCGAAGUCUCAAAUUCCUCAAUUUCUCGAACAACAACCUCUCCGGCGAGAUCCCGGGCACCAAAACCCUAGCCCAGUUCAACCUCUCCUCUUUCCUCAACAUCCCCAACCUCUGCGGCGCCCAAGUCCAAAACCCCUGCGCGCCCGGCGAUCAAAGCCCAACCUUUCCUCCGCCCCGCUCAAUCUCGCCCGCUCAACCUCUCCCCCCACGGAAACCCGCCGACCCGUCACAAAAACAAGAAGAAACUCGUCAAAAUCUGGCGGGCUCGAUCUCGGCAUUCACAGCGUUGGCCGUCAUAGCCUGCAUUCUGGCAUGCCUGCUCUCAAAAGCAAGGGAGCAGGAACCGGGAGGCGCGGGCGUAAUCACCGAUAAGCCAUCGGCGACGAGGAGCGGCGGCGGCGUCGGGCCACCCGGGGGUGAAAAGGGAAUUCUCAUGGGAGAACGAUGGUUAGGGAAGCUAGCGUUUUGCGGCGGAGUUGGGAUGUACAGCCUCGAGGAACUGCUCAAGGCUUCAGCGGAGACGCUGGGGAGAGGGACGGUGGGCUCAACUUACAAAGCGGUGAUGGAGUCUGGAUUCAUUGUGACGGUGAAGAGGCUGAAGGAUUCAGGGGGUCUCGGGGUGGAGGAGUUCGGGAGGAGGAUGGAGGAGGUCGGGAGGCUGAGGCACCCCAAUUUGGUGCCGUUGAGAGCUUACUUUCAAGCCAAGGAGGAGAGAUUGCUGGUGUAUGAUUAUUUUCCUAACGGGAGCCUCUUCUCUCUGAUUCAUGGCUCUCGCCCCUCUGGCACCGGGAAACCCCUACACUGGACAUCCUGCCUGAAAAUCGCAGAGGAUGUGGCCACUGGCCUCCUUUACCUCCACCAAUCCAACGCGGUCCACGGCAACCUCAAAUCCUCCAACGUCCUCCUCGGCUCCGACUUUGAAUCCUGCCUCACCGACUUCUGCCUCCUCCCCCUCCUCCACUCCUCCACUGCCCCCACCACCACCUCUUCCACCUCCACCUCCUCCGCCCUCUUCUACCGUGCACCCGAAACCCGUAACCCAAAACCCACAUUCACCCCUCAAUCUGACAUAUACACCUUUGGCGUCCUUUUACUAGAGCUUUUAACAGGCAAAACACCAUUCCAAGACCUCGUGGAGGAGCACGGGGCCGAUAUCCCCCGAUGGGUCCGGUCAGUCCGAGAGGAGGAGACGGAAUCGGGAGGGGAAGACCGGUCGUCUGAGGAGGAGAAGUUGGGUGUAUUGUUGAAUGUGGCGAUGGCUUGUGUUGUAGCGGAGGUAGGGAGGAGGCCGGAGGUUAAGGAGGUGGUUAGGAUGAUCAGGGAGGCAAGGGCGGAGGUGGUGGUUUCGUCAAAUAGUAGUGAUCAUUCUCCAGGUAGGUGGUCGGAUACGGUGCAGAGCUUGCCGAGGGAGUUUGGGUCCGAGCAUUUGGGGUUUGCUGAGAGGGAUUAGAUUUUCACAGAAACAACCUCUCCUCAUGUCGUGCAGAGCUUGCCAAGGGAGUUUGGGUCUGAGCAUUUGGGGUUUUUGCUUAGAGGGAUUAGAUUUUCUCAGGAACAACCUCUCUGCAUGUGGUAAGGUUGCUUACAUUUGACCUUAUAACCUACAAUGGAGGGAGCCUCGUGUACAAUGGCGGGAGCCUCGUGUACUAAGCCACCCUUUCCAAGAGGGAUUAAAUUUGAAAUUUUAAUUUUUUUCAAUUGUUUUUAUGGAAUGUUGUAGAUUUUUUUAGUGUAAAUUUAGAGAUUUUAGUGGUAGUUUUUCCCUUGGUUUCCCACUUUUUUUCAUGAUUUCUUUGGUUUCAGUUUGUUUCUUGGUCUUUUAGGUAAGGGAGAGGCUGAUAUUAGCUAGAGAUGAAUGUGGUUAUUUUUUCAAGGUGCAUAUUUCAGCAAAAGAUUCAUCGGUCUUGCACUGAAAAUAUAAUCAACAAAGUGUGAUGUUAAUAACACCAAGGAAGUCUCUAUUUGUUUAGUAGAUGUUUAAGCUUGUUCAAGCUGUAGAAUAAUGAAGUUGUUUGAAAAUUGUUUGCAUAGAGGAUUAGAUUUGAAUUUGGA